AUGCAACCAAUGCAACCCCUUGAGUUCUACUUCAAAAGCAGUGAGUUCCCCAAGAGUUCCAAGAUAGAAACUAAGUGCUUUGUGACCAAGACAGUAAAGCUCAUCAAGGGUAAGCCUGAGGCUGAAUGGUUCACAAGCCAUCCUCAGUUUCGACAUUUCUUCCACAUGCCAGACGAAGAUAACCUGAAGCUCCAGGGGAUGUGGAUGUUACUCCUGCGCACCAUUUGUACUCCAGAAGAUGAUGUUGCAUGGUUUGUGGUUAAUGGUGUACCCAUCCGUUAUUCUAUGAGGGAGCAUGCCCUUAUCUCUGGCUUAGACUGCGGUGAUUAUCCACCAAACUAUUGGAAGUUGGAGGGUUAUAAGUUUGUGGAUUAUUACUUCCAUGACAGAAAGAAGAUCACCAUCAGCGAUGUGAAGCAGAAGAUGUUGUUCUAUGCCACCGUUAUCAGAGGAAAGCCGAAGGAUUCUGGACAUUUAGACCUCUUCGUAUUAAGGAUGAUGGACGAUUUAGAUGCUUGCAUAUCAUUUCCCUGGGGUCGUCUAACAUUUGAGGAUGCAAUAAAGGAGAUUAAGCACGUGAUGAACAAUCUGAAGGGUGAAGUGAAAGAGGCAUGCGCCUUUCCUGGAUUCAUAAUCCCUUUAGAGGUAAAGCAUAUAGUUUUGUAA